AGGGGGAGGGGUUGGAGAGAACAGCCAGAGGUGGUGGGUUAGUCAUAGGCAUCAUGGGGUGGGUGUGCCCAGUGAGUUCCCGGAAGCCAGAGCAGCAGCCACUGCGGGAGUGAGGCGCGGCAGUUGGGGCUGGAUGGAGAGUCGUUUGCUGCCAGCUGGCUUUCUCGGGCCAGUCCGAGGCACCUGAAGUUGCAGUUCCCUCUCCUCUGGCUCCCUGGCCUCUUGGGGCUGGUUAAGAAGCUGCAAGGGAUGGGGCCAGCUGGGUGUGUCCCCCCUGCUGGCCCAGAGCAGGUCCUGCCAGCCUAGCCCAGAGCAGGCAGCCCAAGUCACUCAACCUGGGGCAGCAGCAGAGUGACGAAGGAAGUGCAGGUACGGAGCGCGUGCCGGGUGGUGUGGGCCUGACGGGGCUCAGGGUAGCAACCUGCCUGUGGGAAUGGGGGCCACAAUGGGGACAGGUAAAAUGGCCCGCAGGCUCUGAAAACCUUUCUGAAGAGAGAAAAGUGCCUUUAGCAGAUAGAGUUCAGAGGGAGCCUGACAGGCCCACCGGCCUGACACCCAGAAGUGAAGCCGGCUCUGCUCUGGGGGCUCUCCGCCCCUCCCCUUUACUUAGGCCCCAUUCUCAUGUGGAGCCCUGGGCUUCCCCAGGAGACCCCUGGUCUGCCUCCAACCUCUGCCCACUCUGUUAAACCACCCCCCUAUGCCCACUUGCAGCACGUGGGGGGGGCGGUUCUAGAAGACCAAGAGCUACUCUGAUUCAAGUUUGCUAGGGGGUUCACCGGCACAGGUGUGUUGUUAUUAUCCUUCCCAGGUAGCUAAGGUGUUUAUAUGCGUGCAGUACUGAGGGCUGAACACAGGGCCUUCGCACUGAGCUACAUCCCCGGCCCUUUUUUUAUUUUGAGACAGGGCUUCACUAAGUUGACAGGUUUCCCCAGCUGGCCCCAAACUUGGGAUUCUCCUCUCUCAGCUACCCUGUCCUGGGAUCACAGGCGAUCUCCACCCCUGUCUGCAUCCAAGAGUGAGGGCGGAUGCCAGUGCUGUACUGAGUUCAAAGCAAGGUCACAGAGGCCAAAAGUCUCCAGGGAGAUCGCCCAGAAGAGGCCCGGCUCUUCAGACUGAAAGCAAAGUUCCCAGCGAGCCCUAGAACCCUAACAUCAAGUCUCCCUGCCACAGAACCCUCUGUGGGGGAGCUCCUGUGAAGAGCCUCUCCCUCCAGCCAGAUGGAACGCCAGGCAGAGAAAAUGAGGGUGGGGCAGGUCGCACCAGCGAGAUGAACCCUCCUCCCCUGACCCCAAGGCCAAGCAGCACGGAAGACUGAAUGCAGUCUCCACCUCGGAUGAAGCUGUGUGGAGUGGAUUCCAGCCCUUGGCAGCCAUAGUCCACACCCCCAUGCCCUGCAGCUGCUUGCUGUGGGACUGGUUCUGUACAGCCUCCGGGCCACCACCCUGGAGGUGAAAACCAUGCUCAGGCCUCUGAGUGCCCCCUGAUGGCCUCGGCCUGGCUCCCGGUGCCACCCAGCACCAUGUCGUCUGCCAAUGACUCCAUGUCGGCCAAUUUCUCGGCCAACGCGUCUUCUCCGUGCCCGGACUACCGGGUCUUCCAUCGCCUGCACAUGGUGGUCUACAGCCUAGUGCUGGCGGCCGGGCUGCCCCUCAACGCGCUGGCCCUCUGGGUCUUCCUGCGUGUGCUGCGUGUCAAGUCAGUAGUGAGCAUAUAUAUGUGCAACCUGGCGGCCAGCGACCUGCUCUUCACGCUCUCGCUGCCCCUGCGCCUGUCCUACUACGCGCAACACCACUGGCUCUUCCCAGAUCUCCUGUGCCAGAUGUCGGGAGCGAUCUUCCAGAUGAACAUGUACGGAAGUUGCAUCUUCCUGAUGCUCAUCAACGCUGACCGCUAUGCCGCCAUCGUGCACCCGCUGCGGUUGCGCCACCUGCGGCGGCCCCGCGUGGCGCGGCGCGUGUGCCUGGGCGUGUGGGCGCUCAUCCUGGUGUGCGCCGUGCCCGCCGCUCGCGUGCAUCGGCCCUCGGUCUGCAGCCACCUGGGCCGCCAGUGGCGCCUGUGCUUCGAGAGCUUCAGCGACGAGCUGUGGCGGGGCCGGCUACUGCCGCUCGUGCUGCUGGCCGAGGCGCUGGGCUUCCUGCUGCCUCUGGCGGCCGUGCUGUACUCGUCGUGCCGCGCCUUCUGCGUGCUCGCCCGGCCCGACGCCCCGCAGAGCAGGCGGCGGCGCAAGACCGUGCGCCUCCUGCUGGCCAAUCUCGUCAUCUUCCUGCUGUGCUUUGUGCCCUACAACGCCACCCUGGCUGUGUACGGGCUGCUGCGCGGCGACCUGGUGCUGGCCCGUCCCGGGGCCCGCAAGCAGGUGCGCGGGGUGCUGAUGGUCAUGGUCCUGCUGGCCGGCGCCAACUGCGUGCUGGACCCGCUGGUUUACUACUUCAGCGCCGAGGGUUUCCGCAACACCCUGCGCGGACUGAGCGCCCCGCUCCGUGCCCGAACCUUGGCCCAUAACGGGACAGAGGACGCGACCACCGAGCAGCCCUGGGAGACCACCCACUCCGCCAGGGUGGAUGCCACCGUCGAAGGGCUACUGAAGCCCUCUGACCCCGGCCCUCUGAACCAAGACUCGGCCCUUUGAACCACCCCCGCCCUCGUGCAGACCGUGGUUUCUUUAGAUCGGUGGUAGAGAGCAGCUGGCCCCUUCAGUUGGUGGGAAGUAAUGGGUCGAGCAGCCCUGGCUAGGAGCUGCGCGAUGCGAAUGAAAACGGCUGUUCCGACUUUCCAGGGCCGCGAUCUGAAUGCUUUAAGAGCCCCGGGGCUCGGUGGACGAAGCUGAUGAGAACUUCGUGCACCGGCUCUCUUCUGUGCUGAGUGAGGCCCGUACCGAGCCGCCGCCCUCGCCCUCUCCCGGGCUCGCCCUGCUCGGGCUGCAGGCAGAGUGUGAGGGUUUACUUGGUGUGGACAGAAUUGGGCUUCUUAUCUGGUGACUUGUCACAGUUUAGGCCUGACACCCAGAUCCCGCCUUUUGGUCUCCUUUCUAGGUUAUUCCUUCUCCUGCCACUUUCAGGGCUCCCUCCUUUCCUGGUCCUGACAUUCUCUCUGUCUGUCCGUCUGUCUCUGGAACAUUCUUUGCCCCACUAAAGCAUUGGUUCUUAAACUUUUUGGUUUUAGACCUCUUCAUUCUAUAGAGAUGGAGAAUCACAAAGAGCUUUUGCUUAUUCUUUGUUCCCUUGGUAUUUAUCGUAUUAGAAAUUAAUGAGUUUUUAACACAGAAAUAAUGUAAGUGUACCCUCCAGAAGCUAUGAGAGCCGGAAUGUCCUCAUAUUUCAGGGAGACUCGGGGGAGAAUGAAAAGUAUUAUGAAAAUAACAUCUUAUAGUAUUAUGAAAAUAA